AUGGCUUUCCAACUAUGGAACCUUCAAUGGCUAGUAGGCCUGGCUCUGUUAGGUACACCUGUGACAUAUAUUGCGUUCACCAGAUCGAGAGGAGGCCGUGCCCGCAAAGCAUCAACAGCAAAGACACCACCCCGCUCGUUAUCACCAGAGAAAAGGCCAGUAGCAACGUCUACUACAGAUUAUAAAGAUGUUCUACCACCCCCGCGACGAGACGCGAUGCUCAAGAUGAAGGGCAAAAUACCCAAGACAGCAUCGAAACAUAUCAGUGAGGAACAUAUGCUCAAAAACAUUCUUCCUAUGACCCAGAACUAUGAAACCGCUGAAGAUGGGCUUUACACGUCUAUGGGUUUCUCGGUCAAGGAGAUUAGGGAGAUGGGUGAUCUUCCGGAUUACUCUGCGUUGAGCGGUGUGCCGUUGCCGAAUGCCUAUGAGCAAUUCAAGAUUGAGAAGGCUUUGCCUCGACCGUACCGGCCGUUUAGAUGGAAUUAUCAUCAGACUAUGUCAUUGAAAAAACUCGAGACAGAUUGGUGGGUCGAACUCGAAAAUACAUACAAAGAACGAAUCGCUCAGCGCAAGGGUCUUUAUGAGAAGCAUGGCAAGGAAGUGCUUGACUGGAUGCCAGGAUCCGAACUUGCUUGCAAGGAAUUGAUGGAGAUGGUUCUGCAAUUUAUCUGUGCUCGCUACCCUCAAUAUUUCUCCAUUCGGGACAACCGUAUCUUGGUAAACAAGAUUCUAGAGACAGAGCAGGACAUUCGCGCCAAGAAUCCUUUGGAAAUCCUUAUGGACAAUGUCCCUGAAGACUUUGCCAUCACCAUGCGAGAUGACAAAACUGGAUAUUAUGUCUUUCGUGCGGGUGUGAUCUGCUCAUCACUCGGCUGGAAUAUCGGUACCAAGAUUGGACUUCAAUUGCAUGAGAUUCAUUCAAUUGUUCCAGACUACAAAGAGAAGAUGAAGUUCUCUAUGGAUAGAUUUUUCACAAAGAUGCCGGCGGACAAGCCAAUCCAACGCGGCUCGUGGGGCUUGGAGAUCGAUCAACCGUUGUACAUGCCAGCAGGACAUCCACAUGAGAAACUGAGACUGUCACAAAACCCUGACCUUACUCUUGACGAUUGCUUCCUCCGAGUUGACUGGCAGACAUUGCGACGUCUUCCCAUCUCUGGAGCCAUCGUCUUCAACUUCAAGGCGUUAUUCACUUCAGUCCAGGAAUUCAGAGAUGAGCCAAAGGUCCCCGCGUUGAUUGCGAAGGUUCUUCGAGGCGGAAAGGAAAAUCUCAUGAAGUAUAAAGGCACCUGGCAUGUAGAGCAUAUUGUGCUUCCCGCAUUGGAUAAGUGGAAUCAGGAGCAAGAAGACAACAGUACCAUUGAAAGAAAUUGGGAGGUGACCACAUUAGAUGAGGAUCCCUGGUUCAAGGGUUGGGAAGAGAAAUGGCACCGUCAACAGGGGUUUUAG